GAGUUGUUGGGGAGAAGACAUUAACUUGACUCCUGAUCACACAGUCAGGUUCCAGCAUCUUGUUCUUGAAGACUGUCCCCAUGGCGACGAUGUUGACUGUCCUUAUCCUACUCAUCAUUGCCUUUGCAUACCUGUCCUUUUCAGGUAACAGGACCCUGGAACCCUCAUCAUCUGGAACCGAGGAGCCGUCCUUCUCAGGUGACAGGACCCUGGAACCCUCAUCAUCUGGAACCGAGGAGCCGUCCUUCUCAGGUGACAGGACCCUGGAACCACCAUCAUCUGGAACCGAGGAGCCGUCCUUCUCAGGUGAUAGGACCCUGGAACCACCAUCAUCUGGAACCGAGGAGCCGUCCUUCUCAGGUAACAGAACCCUGGAACCUCCAUCAUCUGGAACCGAGGAGCCAUCCUACUCGGGUGACAGGACCCUGGAACCCCCAUCAUCUGGAACCGAGGAGCCAUCCUACUCUGGUGACAGGACCCUGGAACCUCCAUCAUCUGGAACCGAGGAGCCGUCCUUCUCAGGUGAUAGGACCCUGGAACCCCCAUCAUCUGGAACCGAGGAGCCAUCCUACUCUGGUGACAGGACCCUGGAACCUUCAUCAUCUGGAACCAAGGAGCCGUCCUUCUCAGGUGACAGGACCCUGGAACCACCAUCAUCUGGAACCGAGGAGCCGUCUUUCUCAGGUGACAGAACCCUGGAACCUCCAUCAUCUGGAACCGAGGAGCCAUCCUACUCGGGUGACAGGACCCUGGAACCCCCAUCAUCUGGAACCGAGGAGCCAUCCUACUCUUCUGACAGGACCCUGGAACCUUCAUCAUCUGGAACCAAGGAGCCGUCCUUCUCAGGUAACAGGACCCUGGAACCACCAUCAUCUGGAACAGAGGAGCCGUCUUUCUCAGGUGACAGGACCCUGGAACCCCCAUCAUCUGGAACCGUGGAGCCGUCCUUCUCAGGUGACAGGACCCUGGAACCACCAUCAUCUGGAACCAAGGAGCCGUCUUUCUCAGGUGAUAGGACCCUGGAACCCCCAUCAUCUGGAACCGAGGAGCCGUCCUUCUCAGGUAACAGGACCCUGGAACCCCCAUCAUCUGGAACCGAGGAGCCGUCUUUCUCAGGUGACAGGACCCUGGAACCACCAUCAUCUGGAACCGUGGAGCCGUCUUUCUCAGGUGACAGGACCCUGGAACCCCCAUCAUCUGGAACCGUGGAGCCGUCUUUCUCAGGUGACAGGACCCUGGAACCCCCAUCAUCUGGAACCGUGGAGCCGUCUUUCUCAGGUGACAGGACCCUGGAACCCCCAUCAUCUGGAACAGAGGAGCCGUCCUCCGGAGUGUGAGAAGAUCAUGAACAGCAACGGGAGAGUUGAUAAUAUUGAUUACCAUGAUAUUGACCAGGGUAUAUUUUUUUACAUGGAUAUUGCAGUGUCAUUUCAGACACAGCCUGAGAGGGAAAAGUACAGCAAUUGUUUGUCAGAUUUAUUUAGCAUAAUUGUUAACUUUUCUGCUAUCCUGUCUAGUAACUUUCCAUAACUAUGUAGACAGUAAAGCCUUAUAUGCUGUAGUGUGUCUUUCACUGAAGCUUUCCUAUCCUCUGUGCUGACUGUCAUUAGCAGACCUGGGCUCAAACAUACUAUCUGAAAUCUUCCAAAUACUUUGAGUGUUUUAUCUAGCCUGUCUGAAGUGCUGGAUGGGCAGUGUUUGCAGUUUUGGGACAAUUGUAUUGGUCAAUUUUACCAUGCAGGCUCAUUCAAGCACAGAUUAAGUAUUUGGAAUGAUUUCAAAUAGUAUUUUAACCAGGUCUGGACAUAAGAAAAUAUUACAUAACAUAUACAUGUAAGAUCCUGUUUUUGUUAUUUUAUCCCCCUCUACUUUACACAGGGCAGGAGGCCUUCCAGGCUUCUGGUCUAUCAGAUGUCAAAGACCUCUGUAGUACCACUUCAUACAGAGUUUGACUCUUUCUAUCUUCUGUUUCAUCAUCUAAACCCUGUGUCCCAUCAUGUAGUUGUUUUGGAGGCAUUCUGUCAUGGAAUAAAUCUAUAUGAUCAAGA